ACAGGGUCUUGUUAAUAACUUCGACUUCAAGGGAUAAAUAUUUCUCCUUCCCCUGAACUUGGGGUACAAGUCCACCCUCCCUCCUUUAAGAAUAAAGAGAGAAGAAACGGAGACCGCGUGAACGGUGUAUCAAAGUUAGAAUCGCUUCAAUGGAUGCUAAGAUCGGACAAUUCUUUGACUCCGUCGGUUCCUUUUUCAGCGGCGGCGAUAAGAUCCCUUGGUCCGACGGCGAUGUCAUCGCUGGAUGUGAAAGAGAGGUUCGAGAGGCCACAGAUGCUGGCUCUGAAGAACUUAAGAAAGAGUGCCUAAUGCGCUUGUCGUGGGCUCUCGUUCAUUCCCAUCAAACCGAAGAUGUGCAACGCGGAAUAGCCAUGCUUGAAGCAUCUCUUGCAAACAGUGCUCCUCCUCUAGAGGACCGAGAGAAGCUCUAUUUACUUGCUGUUGGAUACUACAGAAGUGGGGAUUACUCAAAGAGCAGGCAGCUUGUUGACCGCUGUAUCGAGAUGCAACCCGAUUGGAGACAAGCUUUGGUCCUAAAGAAGACCAUAGAAGACAAAAUCACAAAGGAUGGUGUUAUAGGGAUAGGCAUCACGGCUUCAGCUGUGGGAGCCGUUGGUCUCAUAGCUGGUGGGAUUGUAGCAGCGCUGGCUCGCAAGAAAUGAUGACCACGAUCCUCACUUCUUCCUUGUGUAUACAUUAGCUACUUGCUUUUAUAACUCUUCUUCUUCCGCUUUUGACAAUUUUCUCUCUGCCUGCUUGACAUAUUGAAUAAUUUUGCGGAGUUUUGUAAUACAGAAGCUUGAGUUGGAUUUUUCAUCUUUAUUGGGUUAUUUUU